CAAUCCUUUGGGCGACGAUGGUUGUUUUUGGUCUAAUUGGUACGGGACCAACCAAACGGUGGCCAAACAAAAGAAGGCGGGCGUGGCCAAUCGGUAGAUGGGAAAGACCGGAAGCGAGGGAUUUGCCAUCGGGCGUCGUCGCUAGAGUUGACGUAUUCACUUGUAGUUAUUUUGCAAAUGCGUGGACGGGGAAUCUGAUAAUACAACGCCCUCUUACUAAUGGGCCCCUCAAGUUCCUAGGCCAGGUAUGGUCAAGUUAUGCACACCACGACGCGAGCGACUUGCCUUCCACCACAUCCGUUCACGCCCUGCAUGAACAACCCUACUCCCACCUCGACUCUGAGAGCUCAAAACUCGCCAUGGAAAUGAUUGGUAUCACUCCAACCACCUUUUCCAGCAAUAUCCAGUUUCAGAUCCCUCGUUUCAUGCAGGAUGCCUUCGAUCCGGCACUCCUCCAUGCACC